AUGGGUUAUAAGAGGCAAAAGAUAAAUGAAAAAUUCGAGGCAUUGCCAAACCACGACAGAAGUUUCACUAUGAACAUAAGUGAUAGUGGUUGUCUAUUGAGUAUUGAUACACCAAGAAGGCAAUGCGAACUGGAAGGAAAAGGAAAAGCCAAAUCUGCAUUUUUUGAGUCAACCAAUUCGAAAUUGGCACCUUCAGGACACAUAAAUCACGGCAACUUAUUUGGAAUUAAGACCUUCCUAGCAGCACUUAAAACAUGUAAGUCUCAGCCUUGGCCAAGAUAUUGUCCACAAGUGUUACAGUCCACCAAUGAUGGUAUACAUCUAAAUAUUGCAGAGCAACUCCACUUAUCAGAAGUACAUGAACCAGCAUGCAUCUCAAAGUACUUUAUUACAGCUGCAAUAUCUGUGACAUGCAUCAAACUUCGGAUG